UCAGGAAUGAUCAGUGCUGUCUUUCUUUUCUCUCUGUUCAACAAUUUCAUCGACUAAUCAUUAUCUAUUCUAGAGGAGAUUAUUACGUUUGCAGUGUACCGCAGAAGGACAUCACCGUGAACCUGUCACCAUCCUGAGCAACAGAUAUUUUAUGCCUAGAAGUGAUGGAUUCCCAAGAUGAAACUCCUUUUCACUUUGUUAGUCCACUAAAGGAGAGUUUAGCUCUCUCCAAGCUGGCUGGUACCCAAGUCCUAAUGAAACUGGAAAACAUUCAACCAGUAGGGUCCUUCAAGAUACGGGGUAUAGGACACUUCUGUCAGAAGUUGGCAAAGGAGGGAUGUAGGAAAUUUGUCUGCUCUUCAGGUGGGAAUGCUGGAUUAGCAGCAGCAUAUGCCUGUAGUAAACUGGGGCUGCCAGCCACUAUUGUUGUCCCUGAAGGUACCUCUAAAAAAAUCAUAUGUAAACUGCAGGAAUUGGGAGCAGAAGUGGUGGUAACUGGAAAGGUUUGGGAUGAUGCUGACGCCUACGCUCAUGGCCUGACUGACGCACCAGGCUCUGUAUAUGUCUCUCCAUUUAAUCACCCCUUGCUUUGGGAAGGUCACUCCAGUCUUAUAUUUGAACUGAAAGCUUCUCUUGGGAAUCAAAAACCAGGAGCUUUUGUGGUUGCAGUUGGAGGUGGAGGCCUCCUGGCUGGGUUGGUUGAAGGAAUUGUCAAGGUGGGCUGGUCUGAUGUGCCAAUUCUUGCCAUGGAGACUUUGGGUGCUGAUUGCCUGAAUGCAGCCCUCCAGGCCGGGAAAUCAGUGACAUUGCCUGACAUUACUAGCAUUGCAAAGUGUCUAGGUGCAAAAACAGUAUGUGACAGAGCACUGGAGUGUGCAAGGAAGUACAGAGUCAUCUCCCUGACUGUGGACGACAGAGAUGCAUUGCAGGCAGUGGAGAGCUUCUUAGAGGAUGAACUGAUGUUAGUGGAAGUUUCAUGUGGAGCUGCCCUUGCUGCCGUGUAUUCUGGACACAUCCAGCGCUUGCAAAAGGAGGGCAAGUUGGAACCAUUGGCCGGACCACUGAUAAUGAUAGUUUGUGGAGGAAGUUCAAUAAGUAUGUCUGAACUUCAGAACUUCAAAUCCCAACUGGGAAUGGUUUGAUCACCUGAAUAAAGUCACGUAAAUGAA